CUUUCGCGCCAGCUUUGGAGUUCAAUAUGGCGGGUGGUUUGACGCAGGUCACUUUGGAAGUACAGGGGAAAGUUAAGUGGACAGACCCAGGCCGGGCUUGUAUUCCACUCAAACAUGGAUCCUUACAUCUACUGAGGCAAGGACUCUCAGAUACUUUUUUCGUUCAAAUCAAGCAAACUAAACCAACAAAAUGCUCUUCGAAGAUCAAGCUUAUAAAGCAUGGAUUCAGGUUUCCAAACAGAAAUCAAAGGCUGGCAUUGACCUUUUCCAACAGCGCAAACACUCUCGUGUUAGAAGAGGCUGAUGAACUUCAGCUGCAGAAACUAAUCACUGCUUUAGGUGAUAUCUUCGAGGGUUCUAUUCCUAAAGAUCUAUCUACAACUAGACAUUUAGCUGAGUCAUCAGAAACAAGAACUUCCACAAAACGAAAAUAUGAAGACAUUGAGAAUCAGCCCUUGAAUAGUGCAAGAAAGUCAUCCACUGGCCAUCACAGUGAAGCAAAUCAGCACUUGGUGGAUUCAUCACCUAGACACGCACAGCGGCUCUCUUCCAUGCUGAAGACACCAAGAUUGAAAAGACCUGUGGCAGAUAUCUCACCAGAAUCAUAUCGUAAAUCAUUGUCAGCCAAGACUCCACUUUCAGAAAGGAGACCUUCCCCAGCAGACAAUCUUCCUGUAUCGAGCAGCCAGAGCCCUUCUUUAUUUUCCUUUUAUGGUUCAAAUAACAGUUCAGCUGUCUCAGGCUCCAAAAUAAGAUCUCAUACCAAGGUCACUCCAAAGGGCAGGCUGCGAUAUAGUCUCUCCAGAGACUUUUCCUUUCACAAAAGAGCUCAAGUCACUAUUCAAGACAAGACCCAGCUGACUGGGUUUUCUAAUCUUGGCAAUACAUGUUAUAUGAAUGCCAUACUUCAAUCUCUGCUUGGGAUAGAACCUUUUGCACAAGAUCUGGCUAACAAGGAGUUACACAAUCUUGUGUCAAAUUCACAGUGUCUUCUCAAGUCAGCCUAUGGGUUACUCUGUUGCAAAAGGAACAAAUGUGAGCUGGAUGUUCAAAGGAUGCAUUUGAGAAAAUUUAAGCGGCAAAUAUCCGAGGCUGCCACAAGGUUUUCAGGAAAUUUGCAACAUGAUGCUCAUGAGUUCCUUUGCCAAGUUCUGGAUCAGCUGAAAGAUGAUGUGCUAAAGCCGCUGACAGAAAGCCCCAGUGAUGGCAAGCAAGUAAAUGUUCUUUGCCCAGUAACAAGAAACUUUGAGUGCUGUGUGCUACACACUAUCACUUGUAAGAGUUGUGCAGCUUCUGUUACAUCAGAAGAAAUUUACCAUGACUUCUCUCUGGAUCUUCCCUUUUUGUUAGAUGAUGGUUAUGAAGUGUCACCUAACAUGAGUGGCCUCCCUGUAGAUCGUCUUAUCAAGUCAUAUUUCAGGACAGAGAAUGUUGAAUAUACAUGUGAAGAGUGUAAACACAAACAGGCCACUAUCUCCCACAAGUUCAGUAGACUGCCGAGGGUACUGAUUUUGCAUCUGAAGAGAUACAACUUCGAUAAAGUCACGGAUCAACAGGAGAAAAAACAGAAUAACAUCAACUUACAGAAGUUUAUCGAUGUGGGUAAUCUAUGCUCCAGUAAGACAUCGCCUCCUUUACAGUUCACAGACAAGUCAGUAAUCCUGAGCCCCCCUAAAGCAAAGUUCAAAGCCUUCAAGCACCCAUUAGAUGAUGACUCUUUUGAUGUCUCAAAUCCAUCUCCAUCGGCUAGAAGAAAGCUCCACAUCGAGUUCAAUACGCCCAAGAAAAGUCACGGAAGUGCCAGCAAACCCAACUCCAAUAAACAAAAACUGGACAGAUUAACACCUCUUUCUAUAGCAAGUGAUAAAGGCGACUAUAACAGCAGUAUGAAUCUGCUGGAAAUGUGUGAGGAAGACCAGAUGCAGUGGGCCAUGAAUGAAAGCCGUAACCAAAGCACAGAGAUAGUGCCAAAAGACUUUGGUGAUGAAAUGGACUGUACUGACGAAGAACUGCUAAGCGGCUUGGAAGAGAUUGAGAAAGACAUCAAUCUGAAACCUGCUGAUAAAAAUGGGUGUGAUGAGUCUAGAGAUAAAGAGUAUGGGCUAUUGGGUGGAGCUCCUACUCGUUCCGUGACCAUCUCUGACAGUGGUGAUGAGAGUGGACUUGAGUCCGCUGUAAGGACAUCUAAGUUUUCCUAUGAUUGUAGCUCUGACUUAGCCUUAGGUUCGGAUAAUGGUGGCUCGCCCAGGUCAUCACUGAGGAAUGAUGACAUUAGUCCAUGUUCUAUCAUGGACCAUACCCCAACGCUGAAAAAGUUCACUGGUGAUUUGAUUAUUGGUGUAAAUGAUUGCCAUGGGAACAAAAGAACACAUCCGAACAGUGUUGGCCUAGACACUAGUUGCACUUUUAAUACUAAAUAUAGACCAAACCACUGUUCAGAAAAGAACCCAGGAAGAAGUGUGAGUCCUAGACGUUGUUCAGAUAAGGCUGACAGCUCAAUACAAGGGAGGAAUAACUUCUCAGACGAUAAACCAGGAAGGAGACCUGUGCUCAAGCCCUGCCAUAUCCGCACCCCCGACCCGGUAGAGGAGGCAGAGAGGUCUGACACUGAGUGCUUUGAGGAGAAUCUUGCAAAGGCUAUAUCGAAAAGUUUACAAGAUCAGAAAAUGUCAAAAACCGAAGAGGAACAGCUUCAACAAGUGCUCGAACUCAGUCUUCAGGAAGCUAAACGACAGAAGAGAGACGACUUGCAAUCGCCUGAUGUUCCAGAACCCGAGAAUGAACCUCUUCACAACUCUACUGAUUCGGGACUCCAGGAUAAUCCUGAGGAUAAUGGCGAAGUCUUGACGCACUCAUAUCGGUUGGUUAGCGUGGUUAGUCACCUUGGCAACAUGUCUUCUGUUGGGCAUUACAUCAGUGACGUCUACGACUGUAAGUGCGACGAGUGGACGAGUUACGACGACUGCACGGCCAGCAAGGUGGACGAACACAAGGUGCGCUAUGGACGAUCCAAAGUCGCGUACGUGCUAUUCUAUCUCUACAAGCAAUGCGUCGACCAAGUCAAACGUUAAGUGUAGCAACUUUGCUUUGGGGCGCCAAGUACGGCAGACGAUCUUAAACGGCCUCGUCAAAUUACCUCCUUCUUGUUAAAUUUGCACAAGUUAACCCCCCACGUGGACAAGCUAAAAACUUGUGUGCAGGCGAUCUUGAGUCACUAAGAACUUUCUCUUGCUGCGGGAAACCAAUCAAUUAGUUUCCUGGACAGGUGCCGGACAAUAACUUUCGACCGCCGAUUGUUUUUAAAUAGAGCUUGAAAACAAGGCUAAAUGACCAAUAAAUGAAUAAGCAAUACA